UUCACAUGCGGUAGAGGUGUAAAUUCCUCACUGUUCCAAAUAUAAAUUUGCUUAAGCAGUAUAACAUCUUGACAGGGUGUAAAAUCUCAAAUCAUUUUAAUCACACUCUGAUCAUUAAACCUUCUGAUGAAGCAAACAAGAUGUGAUCUCAUGUGAGCUCUUGUUUUAGAGGUGUGAUGACAGUAACCACUAAGUCCUUCAGGUAAACGCUGGUUUGAGGGCUUGGAGCCCACGUGAUCUUUCUAUCCUGAGCUACGGUGCCUUUUUUAAAGCCAUAGAGAGUCUGUUUUUGAGAAUAUUAUGGUGCUGGGUUAAAAUGGGUAGGCUAAGGUCUUGGAUCUCUUUGCUGAGUUGGCUAGUGAUUGUGGACAUUAUGUGGAGCUCACCUGUUCCUCCAGAGUCCAGGCCGAGCUCAGAGGACAUCCAGCAUGCAGAGGAAUACUUGAAGCAGUUCUAUCACUUAAAUGGAAGCCUUCGCAGGAAAAGGCAUUCCGAGGCCAUGGAGGAGAAAGUGAAAGAAAUGCAGAGGUUUUUUGGACUGGCAGACAGUGGUCAUCUGGAUGGUCAGACCCUUGCCAUUAUGAAAAAGGCCAGAUGUGGAGUACCUGACGUUGAGAAUUUCAGCUUCUAUCCAGGGCGACCCAAAUGGAAGAAUCACACCGUCACAUACCGGAUCGCAAAGUACACCACAGACCUGACGAGGAAAGAGGUGGAGACCUCUUUUCAUUUGGCAUUUAAAUUAUGGAGUGAUGUAGUUCCUCUGAAGUUCGUCAGAGUAAGCCAUGGCCAGGCGGACAUCAUCAUCACCUUCACCAGAAAGGCUCAUGGAGACUUCUUCCCCUUUGAUGGUCCGAGGGGAGUGCUGGCUCAUGCCUUUGAGCCUGGAGAGGGUGUAGGAGGAGACGUGCACUUUGAUGACGAUGAGCUGUGGACGGUGGGCCGCAGGCAGGCAGGCUAUGAUCUGUUCACGGUGGCUGCCCAUGAGCUUGGUCAUUCCCUGGGCCUUCAACACUCCAAAGACCCAUCUGCUCUUAUGUUCCCCAAAUACAAAUACCUCAGUUCAGCCAAGUACAAACUCCCAGAGGACGAUACUCUAGGGAUCCAGUCACUGUAUGGAAAGAGCACUAAAUACGUGGACACGCUGAUCUCCAAGAAGUGUCAUCCCAAUUUUUCGGUCGACGCUGUGGCAGUGGUUGGAGAUGAGACACUUUUCUUUAAAAACAGUCACUUAUGGCUGAGGACAAUGAGGAGAUCAUACUGGAACAGGCUGAGAGAGGGUCCUAUAAGUAAAUUUCUCCCAAGCAUCAUAUCACCUGUGGAUGCAGCAUAUGAGCUUCCAGCCAAAGGAGUGACUUUUAUGUUCACAGGUCCUAAAUACUGGGUGGUCCAGCAGUUAGGAAUCAAGAGUUACUAUGGCUCCAUCUAUGAAUACGGCUUCCCAGUGAGAGUGAGGCGAAUCGAUGCUGCUGUUCACAUCAGCAAAUAUGGCAAAACAUACUUCUUCACAAGAGACAUGUAUUACAGAUAUGAUGAACUCAGAAGAAGGAUGGAUCCUGGCUUUCCAAGGAAAAUCCACACAGACUGGCCAGGCGUUGUAGGGAGAAUCGAUGCUGCUUUUGAACUGAGGGGUGCUGUUCACUUCUUCAGUGGAUCAAAGGCGUUUGUCUUUGAUUACACAAAGGGCCGCGUCCUGUACGUUGUGAGAGCUAAUGUUUGGCUCGGGUGUUAAGUGUAAAAAGACAAGGGACAGAAAUCAACUGUGACCUCUGGAAGUUCAGGAAGGACAAUAAAGAUACGGAUGAAAUUUAUUUCCACUUCAACUCUGAAAUAUCAGGAUUAAGCAUAUGCUAGUUAACAGUGUUGUCAUGCACUUGAUGAAGCUUUAUGCCAAAGAGCAUGUCUUUGUAUUGCCAUGAUAAUGACAUCUAAGAUUUAUUGUUUAAAAAAACAAAAAAAUUAUUAUAUAAUUGUUCAACCAUUUAUAAGGAUCUGCAAUGUGACUGUUCAAGAUGUACAACUCCUGGAAUUUUUCUUUAAAACAUUUACAAGGUUCUUUGUAGUACAUCAGUUAUGAGAUCAGGGAGACAAUACAAGUCACUUUUUCUUGCAUAAGA